UAUAGUUUUGUAAUCUUCUCUAAUAGUAAACGAACUCUUGUUGAUUUGGAUUACAACAAUACGAAUUUAUAAUCCCAAAGAAGCUCUGAAUUCCACCGAUGAAGCAGACUUUGCUUUCUCUACCUCUCAAUUAGCUAUUCAUUUACAGAUUGAGGUGUUUGCAGAGAUACUAUAGUUUGGCUAUUCAUCAUUUUGCAAAAAAAGUUAAAGCAGCUAAGGCAGUGAGAAAAUAUUAGAAAACUAUGGAUAACCAGUCCACUAAAAGAAUUGUGAGCAGCUUAAGAUCCGAUAGAGUCAGUGAGUUGCCGAGUAACAUCAUAGAUAACAUUCUAAUUUGUCUGCCCAUUCAUGAAGCAGUCAAGACUUGCAUAUUGUCCAAGAGUUGGAGGUUCAGGUGGAGAUAUCUUCCCAAAUUGAUAUUUGACGAUACUUUUUAUCAGAGAUUGAUAAGACCCUCUAUUUCAAAACGUGACAUUACUAAACUCUUCUCUAUUAUCUAUAGAGUUCUAUUACUUCACCGUGGAUCCAUCUUGAAUUUUACCUAUCGUGUUCCCUUAUUUUCAAGCCCUCGUGGCAUUCACCGCUUGAUGUUUUAUCUGAGCGAGAAAGAUGUUCACGGAAUUGUCUUUGAUUUUGGAGAAAGUCUUUAUGAUAGUGGUUAUAAAAUUGAGAGAUUGCCAUCAUUUCUAUUUUCAUGUGUGACAUUGAGGAGCUUGACCUUGUCCUCUUGCACUGUCACAGUUCCAUUGGCAUUUAAAGGAUUUCCUAAGCUGAUUUCUCUUACGUUUGACUCAUUUUAUUUUUAUGCCAAAGGCGAAGUUGAAACUUUCAUCUCUAAAUGCCCAUUACUUGAAAGACUUUCUAUAAAAUACUGUGACAAUAUUGAUACCCUCGAUAUUGACAUUCCUUAUCUGAAGUUCUUUCAAUUCUCUAGUUCUUCUUGUAAGGCUAUUUGUUUUAGAAAAACUAGUCAGCAUCUUUCAACAGUUAUAUUUGAUGAAGAGUUUGGUGGACCCUAUCACUCUGAACCAACCAAGCUUUUCGAAUGUCUGGCUGUUGUCAAGCACUUUCGCCUCGGAUAUGACUUUUUGCAUUGCCUUUUUAAUGGAAGAAUGCCGAUGAAACUUUCUCUUGGCGGUCUUAGAGUUCUUGAACUGCCUGAAAUAUGUUUUGGGCGGGCGAGUAAUAUCUCUUACGUUCUUUGCUUGAUCGUCAACUCUCCUAACUUAAAGAAGCUGGAGAUUGGGUCUCUUGGAGCUGGUGAAGAUAUGGAUCCUAUUGCUCCAGAACUUUUAAAAGUAAAAGACCUCUUAGAUAAUGCACUGAAAAAACUUCGAGUGGUGAAGAUGAAUUUUGCAGAAUUGCGAGUAAAACAAGCUAAACAUGAACUUGAUUUUAUUAAGUUUCUAUUGGCUGAAUCAAUAGUACUAGAAAAGAUGUAUAUACAGCCUGCUAAAGGAACAGUUUGUGAGGAAGAGCUGAAGAUUUUGAAAAAGGUACUUCGAUUUCAUCGUUCAUCAAAGAAAGCAGAAAUCGUAGCACUUAAUCCUGUUGAUGGUGAAGUUAGUAGUGAGUGAUGAUGGUGAUGGUAGUGAAGGUUAGGAAUUAGGACGAUGGUUAUGAAAAUGCCGUGUUAGAAAUUUAUCUAUUAUUAAGUGACUGCAAUUAUUAAAUUUAUAAAUUGUCGGUUCUUAUUUCGGAUUAUGGAUAUUGUUUUGAUUUGGCAGCUCUAUUGUAUAGUUUCAUUGCAUA